GAAAUCUUGGAGUGUGUGUUACGUUUUCAGGACUCAUUGGAUGAAUAGUUCCAAUGUAAUGGCUGAAGCAUUGCCGUCUGUGUGCAUUGUUUUCAGUGGAAAAAGGAAAUCCGGCAAAGACUAUACAGUUAGCCGAUUAUCUGAAAUAUUUGACAACAAUGAUAUCACUUACGCAAUCGCACGAAUUAGUGAACCGAUAAAAUCUUAUUUUGCCCAACAGUACAGUCUAAAUUUACCAGAGUUACUAUCAUCGAAUUCAUACAAAGAAAAUUACCGGAAGCAAAUGAUUGAUUGGGUGGAAGAAGAAAUAAAACGGGAUUGUUAUGUAUUUCCACGUAAAGCUCUUUCUGAAUGUAUCGGAGAGUGUAAACAAAGAAAAUGUGAUGUUAUUAUUGUUUCUGAUGCUAGACGUAUGAAUGAUAUUGAAUUUUUUAUUGACACAUUUACUCGAUCAAAGUGUCUUUUAAUACGCAUUACAUCACCAGUAGAAAUCAGGAUAAAGCGAGGCUGGUCAUAUGUUGAUGGGGUUGAUAAUGUUGCAUCAGAGUGUGGACUAGAUGAAUGUACUGACUGGGACUUAGUACUGCAGAAUGAUGGGAAUGAGGUUGCCUAUGAGAACUACUUGAACGAUAUUGUUUCAUGUGUAAAGAAGAUGUUAAGUGUGUCUCUGUGAUGUUUGUUUAGCAAUCGAUGACAAGUGCUUGAUAUUCUUGGAAGGGUGAAAUCCCAAAGUGAGUGUUUGACUGCCGAAUCAUGUGAUUUAAUGGAUAGACGAGACGGUGGAAUUUAGGAAGCAGUUAUUGAAAGUAUUUUGUAUGACAUGAAACUUGUCCAAUUGUUAUUGGAAGGUUUUCAAUAUUAUAUGAUAACUUGUGUGAUCUUGUGUUUGUCUACAUAACCGCAAAACAUUUAGGAGUUAACAAAGAAGUAUAAAAGCCAUUCACGUAUAUGUUAUUUUGUCAGAGGUGGAGUUAUUGUCUAGAAAUCGUAAGGAGUACAGACCUGUAAUAGACUCCAUGGAGGACAGGGAUUCAAGUCGAUGGGCUGAAAUUUUAAAAUUAACUAUACUGCUGUGAAAUGUUUUUUCUAUUGAAAGCAUAUUCUUUUGUACGUCUGGAAGAUUUCUUAUGUUUGCUUGUUUAUAGUAUGCUUUCUUGAAAGUUCUUGUCAAUGGUAAAAUUUUCACUUUGACCACUGGAACUUACGGAGCACCAUUGUCGAUUUUAAAGCUGUAAUUGUUCCACAUUUCAUUGUCAACUUUAAUUUGAAUUCCUGUAAUAAAUUUGUAUAUAAGUUGUACAGUAGUUAUUGAGCGCUGA